GCGUGGGACGGUGGGAGGAGUGGCGAAAGCUCAAAAACAGAAGAGAAACGGUUCCGUUCUUGUUGCCGUCGUCCCACCAUCUCCCUCUCACACAGUUAAUCUGGAAAAAGAAAACCUAAGUUCCUGCUGGAGGAGAUUUGCAAGGGAACUUUCGUCCAUCGAAUUGAUUUUUCUCGUGAUCAAGUUUCUCUGAGUUCAAUUUGACAACGAUAUUUCCAGGUGAAUACUGGUACCCAAAGAAAUAAAUGGCUUCCCUUCAAGACAUUGGUGUUUCAGCAGCUAUUAAUCUUCUAUCUGCAUUUGCAUUCCUUGUGGCAUUUGCUAUAUUACGACUCCAACCUUUUAAUGACCGAGUAUACUUUCCAAAAUGGUACCUUAGGGGAAUAAGAAGUAGCCCAACACAUUCUGGAGCACUUGUAAGAAAGUUUGUCAACUUAGACUGUAGAACAUAUAUAAGGUUUUUGAAUUGGAUGCCAGCAGCAUUGAGAAUGCCAGAACCUGAGCUUAUUCAGCAUGCAGGACUUGAUUCAGCUGUAUAUAUUCGAAUUUACCUUCUUGGGUUGAAAAUAUUUAUUCCUUUCACUGUACUUUCUUUUGUUGUCUUGGUGCCUGUUAAUUGGACUGAUCGAAGGCUGGAGAGUAUGGAUUUAACAUAUAGCGACCUUGAUAAGCUUUCAAUUUCCAAUGUUUCAGCAGGUUCAAAAAGGUUUUGGGCACACAUACUGGUGUUUUAUGUUUUUACAUUUUGGACAUUAUAUGUUCUCUAUAAGGAAUAUGAGAAAAUAGCUUCUUCUAGGCUUCAUUUUCUUGCAUCUCAAAAGCGUCGUCCAGAUCAAUAUACAGUUCUUGUAAGAAAUGUCCCUCCAGACACUGAUGAGUCGGUUAGUGAGCAUGUUGAACAUUUCUUCUGUGUGAAUCAUCCAGAUCACUAUCUUACCCAUCAGGUUGUAUACAAUGCAAACAGACUUGCAAAUUUAGUGGAGCAAAAGAAGAGUUUGCAAAAUUGGCUUAUCUACUACCAAAAUAAAUAUGAGAGAAAUCCUAAAAACAAGCCAACUACAAAGACAGGUUUUUGGAGCCUUUGGGGAACAACUGUUGAUGCGAUUGACUAUUACACUGCUGAAAUUGAAAAAUUAUCAAAAGAAGAAGCUGAAGAAACAGAAAGGGUUAUAAGUGACCCAAAGUCUAUAAUGCCUGUGGCAUUUGUUUCAUUCAAAACUCGAUGGGGGGCAGCUGUUUGUGCUCAAACUCAACAAUCAAGUAAUCCAACACUUUGGCUGACAGAGUGGGCCCCUGAGCCUCGGGAUGUCUAUUGGCCUAAUCUUGCAAUACCAUUUGUUGAACUCAAUGUCCGUAAAUUGAUUAUGGCUGUUGCACUUUUUUUUCUUACAUUCUUCUUUAUGAUCCCUAUUGCGUUUGUCCAAUCCCUAGCCAACAUUGAAGGGAUCCAGAAGGUGGUGCCUUUCUUAAAACCAAUAAUUAAAAAGAAGUUUGUGAAGUCUAUCAUUCAAGGCUUUCUUCCAGGAAUUGCAUUGAAGAUAUUCCUUAUUUUACUUCCAACAAUACUGAUGACCAUGUCCAAGAUAGAAGGUUUUACAUCUCUGUCUUAUUUAGAGAGGAGGUCAGCUGGGAAGUAUCAUCUGUUCAUACUUGUGAAUGUAUUUCUUGGGAGCAUAAUAACAGGAACAGCUUUUGAACAGCUCCAUCAGUUUGUCAAUGAGUCUGCAAAUGAAAUUCCAAAAACAGUUGGUGCCACCGUUCCGAUGAAAGCCACAUUCUUUAUUACUUAUACAAUGGUUGAUGGUUGGGCUGGAAUAGCUGCUGAGAUUCUUAGAUUGGUCCCAUUGAUUAUAUUCCACCUAAAGAAUACAUUCUUAGUUAAGACAGAAAAGGACAGGGAGCAAGCAAUGGAUCCUGGGAGUAUAGCUUUUGCUUCGUCUGAGCCUCGGAUUCAAUUAUACUUCUUGCUUGGACUUGUCUAUUCAGUGGUGGCACCGAUCCUUCUCCCUUUCAUUGUCGUCUUCUUUGGUCUGGCUUAUUUGGUUUUUCGUCAUCAGAUCAUCAAUGUGUAUGACCAGAAAUAUGAGAGUGCAGCCGCGUUCUGGCCGGAUGUGCACUGGCGUCUGAUUAUUGGGAUGAUAAUAUCACAACUUCUGCUGAUGGGAUUAUUGAGCACAAAAGAUGCAGAGCUAUCCACACCGUUGCUCGUUGUGCUUCCUAUAUUGACCAUUUGGUUCCACAGGAUCUGCAAAAAUCGCUUUGAAUCAGCAUUUGUGAAGUUUCCAUUACAGGAUGCAAUGGUGAAGGAUACAUUGGAGCGUGCCACAGAACCAAACCUGAACUUGAAAAACUACCUGCAGGAUGCGUACAUACAUCCUGUCUUCAAGGACAAUCAGAUUGAGGUACCGACAGCCAUUUAUGAGGAUGAGAACAAUCCACUUGUGCCAACCAGGAGAACCUCUAAUAGGAACACACCCGGUGAAAGUAAACGUAGUUCUGAAAUCAGUUCUGAAGGUCGUGUUUAAAACUAGUAAUUAUCUUAUUCAUAAUAUCAUUUUGUUCUAGCGUUUAUUCUAUUUCAUU